UGUCAGUGCUCUUGAGAACCACCAGCUCAGUUAAAACAUCGCGACUAAAUUCUUCACACUUAUCCAUAAUGAACGCUGCCUCUCUCAUUUCCACUAGUGUCGCCCGAGUUAUCAUGACUGGCGUUCUUUCGGCAGUCCUAUUCAACAAAACUGUGGUUCGUUACACCCGCCAUGCACUGAAAGAAGCAGAACAGGCUUCUCCACAACUCGCCGUCGUUACUUUAUGCAUUUCUACCCUAGCGCUUCUCCACGCGUCCGAUAGAAUAGCUUGCGACGUUCUGGGGCUCGCAGAAACCUGUACACCGACUACUAGUGAAGAGUAUUCCUUGGCAACCGCUCGUGAUGACGCUCGCUCUCCUGCUUUCUCGCACGACGAUACCGAUGACUUCAAGACUCCUUUGUCAUCGCCAUCCAUCUCAUCUCCUGGGAACAGCUUAGACAGUAUCGUGACCCUCACCUCCUCCUCAACCGUUUCCAAGCUUGGCAAUGUCUUCAGAGAUAUUACGCCCGGUCCUCCAGCGGUCGUUACUAGUGAUAGUGACGACGACGUAGUGCUGCGCAAGUGGACGAUGGAGACAGCGCCAGAGUUCAGCACCCCAACGACUCGCACUCCUGAAAAUAUUCUUAAUUCAAUCAUCAAGCGAAUGAGAUACCUCUCACUCUCAGACAGCCGUUCUUUCCUCUCAACCCCGACCCGAGCUUGAGACCCCAAGCUACCAUCGAAGCAUCCCACCUCUCAGUACCUCGUCACUCCUUUAUUCUUUUACUUCCCGCACAAACUAGCUCGUGAUACCGACCUGCAUCCACCCUUUCACAGAACUACGCAUCAAGGCUGCCUCACGCCUCUUUACCUUCAAAUUCUUAGCAUGAGGAUGCGAUUAUAGUACCGAAAUAGCAUGCAGCCAGCUUCUCGUCUGGAUAUGCAGGGAAGUUUCAUGUCCUCUUAACUCCUCCUGUCUUACAACUUGAUUGUGUAUCACACGACACUUGCCACGCCUGUACUGUUCCACUUUGUCGAUCAUCAAUGAUCAUUGAUUGUGAUUCAUCAAAA